GUUGAACUAGGAUUGGGGCCUCUCUGUGAAUCUUUCCGACUUUGUCGCUGUCUUCCGUGACUGCUUGCCUCAGAUUCAGACCUUCCUGGACCAGCUCAGCUUCACUUUGUUGGCACAUCCCAGCACCGAGCCCAGAGCACACACCGGAGCCCUGAGGUACUCCCUCCAUCUUUGGAACACGCUAGUAAUUCAUUGAUAACAGGAAGUUAUGAGGGACCCUGUGAGUAGCCAGUACAGCUCCUUUCUUUUCUGGAGGAUGCCCAUUCCAGAAUUGGAUCUGUCAGAGCUGGAAGGCCUGGGUCUGUCAGAUACAUCUACCUACAAGAUCCAGGACAGCAGCGUUGGCAAAAUGACGGGGCAAGCACCCGGAGCAGAGCAGGAGAAAAACCCAGAAGGCGAUGCCCUCCUCGAGUACAGCACCUUCAACUUUUGGAGAGCUCCCAUUGCCAGCAUCCACUCCUUCGAAUUGGACUUGCUUUAAGCCCAAGAUCUCUCUCUUCCACCACUUUGCCCUCAUUGCCUGACCUUUCAAACCCCCUUCCUUCCACCCUUUCCCCUAUCAAUCUUGCUGUUUCCCCUCUACUGUAUUGAGGUGGUGCUGAUGAAUCUGCCUGAGUUGUGUUUUAUGUAUUUAUUUAUUUAUUUAUCUUACCAGUUUUUCCUCAAAAGUCCUCAAGUCCCAAAGUAAAGGGUUCAAGCAAUGGAGUAUUGGUCACAGGGAUUCCUCCUUUCCUUUCCCAGACAUUAAAUCCAGAAAAAAGACUGGUGAGGCCACCACUGAGUUGUAUAGCAGUAUAAAAUGGAGGACUGAUUUUUUUUUUUUUUUUUUUAGUUCAUUUUAAUCAGCUUUCAGAGAUUGCUCAAACCUUCCUAAUUUCUUGUUCCAAGCCAGGAAACACGUUUCUUCAGGGGUUGAUGAAAACCCUGUAAAUUUUGAGAUUAUCUGCUAUAAAACUGUAGGGUUUCUAAAAGGUUAAGGUGAUCCUGCUGCUUCUUGUGAUACACUUUUUUCUUAGAGAAAUUAGGGGCAGUUGAAGGUAUGAAAUAAGAGGAAAUAACAGUGUGGGAGAUGAUAAGAAAAAAGCCCUGAAUCAUUUCAGAAACAGUCACGCUCUCUCAAAAGUUGUUCCUCCUUUAAACCUAUUCAAUUUACAAUUUUGCUCCUGUGGGCUGAAAAUGCUAGCUGAGGAAAAUCAGAUUUCAAUUCUUAAAAUGCAAUCUUGCUGUUAUGAUAAUUUGUAAGAUUUUAUUGAGUCUCUAAAAGGCAUAGGCAUGGGCCUUAGUAUUUUAGUUUUGCCCCCCUGCAUUUGCAGUGUAGGAUACUGAUCAAAUGGGCCUUGGGCACAGUUCUUCGGCUACCGUGACACUAUGAAACGAACAAUCAACUCUGACCCUACACCAUGUCUCCACCCCUCCCCAAAUUAUUGCUGCUGAUUUGUGCUGCCAUUUAAUCACUUCUUUAAUAAAGAUAUUCAAUCCCAGGA